UUUUCGGUUGUCGCGGUCUAUGAGGACAGCGCGUGUUCAGGUACUCCCUUUCAGAUCACGUUUGAGCCCAUCGUUUGGUGUGACCCGCUUAAAGCUGCGAAUGGACAGUGUCAAUCGAUCCGCGGUUCACUUUUCUCGGUAUCGAGCUGCACACAAGACUACACUACUUUCGCUACAACGGCGUUUGAAGGCAAGCUGUUCGUGAUCGAGCAAGCGUUUUCUCGGGAUUAUUGUGAUAAAGUCGACUUCGUGACAGCGUAUGCAGCUGAUGGUAAUUGCCACACAGAUCUGGAUGGAUCUACAAGUUUCCAAGCGGUGCUCGAUACGGACACCACGCUCGUAUUCAGAACAUUUUCCGAUUCGGCUUGCAAU